GCGCUGAUUGAACCUAUUAGGCACUAUAACUACCUAGUCGUAACUGCUGGAGGCAGAUAGUAGUAAACUGCUUCAGUAUAUCUAGUAAAACAUUGCCAAGAUGACAAUUCGACCUUUACCAAAACCUCUUCAGAAGAAGGCCGAGAAGGAAGUUAAUGAGGAUCCUAAACGAGUGGCUGCUGACAUCACAGCUCUUAGAGAAUGGUUGAGCAAACAACCACAUCUAGAAUCAGUUCAACCAUCGGACCAAUGGUUAAUUGCUUUUUUGAGAGGUUGCAAAUUUAGUUUGGAAAGAAGCAAGGAGAAAUUUGAUAUGUACUAUACCCUAAGGUCCAUUGUUCCUGAGUUCUAUUCAAAUAGAGAUCCAAUGGAUAACAAAAUUCAGGAAAUAUUAAAAUUAGGUGUAUUCCUACCAGUAAAAAAUUGCAAGGAUGACGACUCUACAAGAGUUUGUAUAAUGAGAAUUGGUAUAUUCGAUUCCUCACGAUAUCAUUUGUCGGAUCUCAUCAAAGUAGCUCUUAUGAUUUGUGAAAUACUGAUGCUGGAAGAUGACAAUUUUACAAUAAUUGGCGAGGAAAUAAUAGUAGAUCUAAAAGACGUAGGUAUAAGUAUAUUCAGCCAAUGGACCCCAGCACUAGCGAAGAUAUCUAUUGCGUGCUUCGAGAAGGCGUUGCCUGUACGUGUUAAAAGCACUCAUAUUUUGAACACCCCUACGGGCUUUGAACCAGCCUAUGCUAUUUUGAAGGCAUUUCUUGGAGAGAAAUUGAAAAAACGACUUUAUGUCCACAAUCAGAAAUACAAAGAUAUGCACAAGAGCAUUCCCAAAAAGGUUUUGCCUGAAGAAUAUGGAGGAAAAGACGGUACUAUUAAAGAAUUGACAGAAUACUGGAAGGAAAAGGUGGAGAACUACCGCGAUUGGUUUGUUCAGGAGGAAACUGCACGAUCUGACGAAUCAAAGAGGCCUGAGAAGCCUAGAACUUCAUCAGAUCUGUUCGGUGUGGAAGGCUCCUUCAGAAAAUUGGAAGUUGACUAAUAUGAAAUUCUAGAAAUAUUGUUAGCUUUAAAUGUGUUAUUGUUUAAGAAAUCUUUGAAAUGUUGUUCAUUUUUAUAAGAAAGAUUUGUAUAAUAAAAGAACAAUA